AGGACAAAAGCAUUUUUCGGUAAUAUGAUACACAUGAUAGCGUCUUUCAGGGCAUGUCAAAAACAUUUUAACACGCCUAGUAUUUUUACAGCAUACAGUACUCUUUUUGAGAGCAUAUUGGAGGUGAGCAGUAAAGCAUAAGAGAGAGACAGAGAGAGGGAGAGACGGGGAAUGGAGGCGGCGGCGAAGAGGAGCGUUGUGUGCGUGACCGGCGCAGGAGGCUUCGUCGCCUCAUGGCUCGUCAAGCUCCUCCUCUCCAAGGCCCACUACACUGUCCGCGGCACCGUGCGCGAUCCCGGUAAUGCUAAGAAUGCUCAUCUCAAGGCGCUAGAAGGUGCUGGGGAAAGGCUGCAGCUGCUCAGCGCUGACCUGCUGGACUACGACAGCAUUGCGUCGGCGGUUGCUGGCUGUGAGGGCGUCUUCCAUGUUGCUAGCCCUGUCCCUUCUGGCAGAUCGACCAACCCUGAGGAAGAAGUUAUAGCCCCUGCUGUAACAGGCACACUGAAUGUGUUGAAGGCUUGCAACGAGGCAAAAGUUAAGCGAGUUGUCAUAGUGUCUUCAUGUGCUGCUGUGUUCAACAAUCCUAACUGGCCCAAGGGCAAAGUAUUUACUGAAGACAGCUGGUCAGACGAGGAUCUGUGCAGAAAGGGUGAGGAUUGGUAUUUGCUUUCCAAAACGCGCGCAGAGCGUGAGGCUUUUGCUUAUGCAGCGAAAACUGGGAUGGAUGUUGUAGCUAUUCUACCAUCAUUGGUACUUGGCCCCUUGAUGCAGCCAACAGUGAAUGCGAGCAGUAAAAUUCUCCUCAAAUAUCUCAAAGGAGAACAUGAGACUGUAGAAAAUAGAUUCUGGAAUCUAGUGGAUGUCCGUGAUGUUGCCGAUGCUCUUCUUCUGGCAUAUGAAAAUCCAGAGGCAUCUGGACGGUACAUCUGCAGUCCAGUACGAAUAAAAGUUUCUGAUGUCAUAAACAUUCUGAAGACCUUAUAUCCAACAUACACUUAUCCCAAAAACUUUACGGAGGUGGAAGAAGGUAAAGUUAUGAGUUCUGAGAAACUUCAGAAGCUAGGGUGGACCUUCAGGCCUGUAGAGAAGACCCUCGGAGACAGUGUCGAAUCCUACAAAGCAUCUGGCAUCCUGAACUGAGCAUCCAACUAGGGAAAAUAAUGCUUGCAUUGCAAGCUCGUUCUGGUUCAUGUAAGCAGUGAAACAAAUAAGCUGGUGACACAAUCAUCAAGGGAAUCAUGUGAAAUAAAAGAAACAUUGGGAUAUUA